AUGAAACUAUUUGCUACAAUAGUCUUACAAUUGGGAUUUAUUGCAUUUACAAGUCCAAAUGCAUGUCAUGCUAUGGUAUACAAAGAUGAAGACGAAACCUCUUUUAUCGAUAAUGUAACAAUAACACCUACUGAGCCCAUGUAUCAUAAGAGAAACCCAUACCGCAGCAAUGAAUCAUCACAUUUAGGCUUCAGUUUCAUGAAUUAUGAUGAUAUCUCCGAACAAUCUACGUCCAAUGAUUUGGGUAUCAGCUAUGCUGAAGAAUCACAAAGAGGCACAACCACCUCCCCCACCACUGACAAACAAACUGCAAAAACCGAAACAACAAAAAAAGCUAGUGAUAAAAGUGCAGCAAUUAUUGACUCCAAUUCUACACAUGACAUUAGUAACGAUGUUCUAGAUUUAUCUUCACUUAUCAGGGAUUUUAGUAAUGGUAAUGAACAUUACGUUCCUCUUCCUACUAAUUCAAAUCUUGAAGAAAUUAAGCACUAUUCCGACACAAUUAAGACGUUAAAUAUAAACACUAAAGAUUUUGACAUUUCUAACUUUGUUAUAAAACCCAAACUUACUAGUCACGUUAGUAAAUCACGACUAUAUACUGGCAGCUCCUCAGAUAUCGCUGAAAAAUUAAAAUUACAGGAACUUACUAUCGUUAAGGAGGGAGAUAUAUUUGUUGGCCGUAUUUAUGAUGGUUAUAAUUUUCAAUUUAAACCCAAAUUUCAUGAACCACCCACAUCUUUUAAUGAGAUUCUAAAUACUGAACUAUAA